AUGGAGGACGAUUUAAUCGAUUUGAAUAUCGAUUUAAAUCGCGCAAUAGAAGAUAAAUUGUAUAAUUAUGACGAAAAUUUAGAGAAUCAUAGAGAAGUAUAUGGCGUUGAAGAUGAAGAUGAAGGCACAUCUCAGCAAGUUAUGGUUGCAAAUCAAUGUAUUGAAGAAGGUUCAAUAAUACAUUCAAUUGAUACAAACCACAGCAUCUUUGAAAAUCCAAAUAAUGAGCAGGAAGAAAACAUUGAUAAAGAAUUAGAUGGCAGUUUAAUUGGAGAAGUAAGGAAAACAACCGAUGAGAUUUAUGAUCUAUAUUGCAAACAUGCUGCUAUUAUUGGUUUUAGUGUACGAAAAGGGAAGAAUAGAUAUAAAGAAGGAACCACAAUUGUUAAUGGAAAAUACUUCUACUGCUCUGCUGCUGGAAUAAGAGACCCUCUUAAAAACAAAGAACUCAAAAAUGAAGAUGAUCAAUCAGAUGCAAAGAAGAAAGAAAGGAGAAAGAGGGUUAUGAUAACAAGAACAAAAUGUGAAGAUCAAAUAUUUGCAAAGAAGAAUGAAAAUGGAGAUUUUGAAAUAGAAAAGCAUGUAGUGGUACAUAAUCACCCAUUGACAAGAGAAAUAAGUAAUUAUCUCCACCGAUCGGAACGACAAAUGACAAAACCUAAAAAAGAAGCUAUUGAGGCAAUGUCAGAAUGUGGUCUAAGACCAAUGGAGUCUUAUAGGUAUAUGUCAACAGAAACUGGCGGAGACGACUGUGUAGGUCAUACGAUGAUUGAUCAUCUAAACUACUGCUACAAGUUAAAAAUGAAGCAAAUUGAUGGCAAGGAUUCACAAACACUAGUGAACAAACUGUAUGACAUACAAUCAAUAGAUCCCGAGUUCUUUUUCAGAGUAAGACUCAAUGCUGAAGGAAAAGUUGAGUGCCUAUUUUGGAGGGAUUCUAUGAUGACAGAAGAUUACAAAAUAUAUGGAGAUGUUCUAGUUUUUUAUACUACAUUCAGAACCAAUAAGUACAAUCUCAUAUGUGCUCCAUUUGUUGGUAUCAAUAACCAUUGGAAAAACACAAUGUUUGCUUGUGCUUUCAUUGGGGAUGAAACCACAGAAUCUUUUGUUUGGGUGUUUGAAACUUUUCUGAAGGCUAUGGGAGGAAAGCACCCUAUAUCAAUUUUCACUGAUCAAGAUGCAGCUAUUGCUGCUGGAAUAGAACAGGUUUUUCCUUCUUCAAGACACAGGUUAUGCUUGUGGCACUUGAGUAAAAAUGCAAACAGUAGGUUUGCUUUAUUGAAGUCUGAUAAAAACUUCAAAAACGCAUUCUACAAGUGUUUAAGUGGGUGUAUAACACCGAUUUUGAAGAAACUUGGAAAUCUAUGA